UUGGUUUACAGUAAUUAUGUUAGAAUUAUGUUAGUCUAGGUCUGAUGUCGCAAGACGCUCUCGCUUAUCUCCGAUGGAGUGUGAGACGAGCGAUAGUAAAAAAUUAUUUAAAGUUUUCGAAUCAAAAAAGAAGAAAUGUAGAAAAAAGCGCGAAGUUUUGGAUGAUUCUGUAAAUUCGCAAGCCACCAUGGAGUCGAACAGCAAGGCCGUGCACUCCGUAAAGUCUGCUAAAGCGAUCCUGACAAGUUCGCGAGAUGAAACGCGGUCCGCCACCCAUGCGCAUGCCCAAAAAAGGGAUCGCGAUAGCAGCCCGUCGGGCUCCCCUUGUCCUGUGAUCGAUGCACAACGUCUACGCUCCCCGAGACGCCAUAGACGUUCACAGAAAGAAGGACUAUCUUUAGCGCUCAAGGCCGGACUAGUCUCUACACCUAGAUCGAUUUCUCCACAGCAGGUUGAAGAAAUGAUGAACGAAAGCGUACCGCAGGACCAAGAUUCUUUUAUAUACGCUUUUCUUGAAGAAGCUAUCAAGAAGGAUAAAAAAUGGCAAAAGCACGCCCGCAGACACGAAGAGCGUCGCUCAAGUCAUGAUUGCGAGCCAUCGGCACAUGAUCACCGCCACCACCAUCACAGGCGGCGUAGGGACGCCAGCGACGUUCCAGCUCUCAGAGACGAGAAGGAAGUUUUGAAAAAAGCCAUUGAUCAGUCGUUGCUCCUGGAGACCUUUGCCAAAUUGUGUAUUCAAAUGAACGAAAAAGUCACGGCUACUUCGCAGAUACCCAUCGUUGAUGCGAUGCGAACACAAAGCCACAAGUCACUUCAAUGUGAGGUCCAACCAAAGAGGGAUGUUUAUGACAUCGAUCAACGGCCAACGAAACUACGGAACCAAGAAAUUUUGCAAGACAAUAUUCCCACGUCUAUGUCGAGGAGUCAAGACAACAUUCAUGAACGACCACGAUCUAAUAAGCGAAGUCCUAUUAGCAGGUCGCCCUCUGCUGUAGAGCGAAAGGACAAAUAUUUUAGUGGUCAAUAUCUGCGUGAAAAUGCAAAGUACUCUAGCAAAUUUGACUUAGCCAUGUCAAGAACGCGUAUGGCGGAUGAAAGAUAUCGUCAAUACUUAGCUAACCCUGAUAAGACCAGACCUGACCACGAUUACGAACACAGAUACCGAGGUCAAGAUUUCGAUCACAGAUACCGAGUUCAAGAUGUCGACCGUAGGGAGUGUAGGGAAUACGACGAUCGUAGAAUCGUUCCUACCAGAGAUAGAAGAAAUUAUGGUGAACAUCAUUGCGAACAGAAAACUAGUAGAAGUUUCGACAUGCACAGAGACUAUGUUAAUGAUGAAAGGAAUCGAAGAACAUCUAGAAGUGACUCACACAGACGGCGUUUUGAAGAUUCUCGGGAUCUUAGGGUCCAGCAAGAUAAACGCUACGAAGAGCCACGAGAAUUUAGAGAUUCCAGAGAGAAGAAGUUUGACGAUCAUCGUGAGAAAUAUUGCGACGCAAAGUACGGCCACGAAUUUAAGGAGCGGCACCACAGUAAUGUACCUAGUCGGGAUCGGAGAUCGCGAAGGAAUGUAGAUCGCUGUGAUAGGAACUCCGUCGUCUCUAGAGACGACGAUUACAACCGAGAAAGGGAUCGGUACUCGGACCGCGAGAAAGACUCUGGCUUAAGUGUAGCCGAUGGUGACACCAGCACUGUAAGCGGCCGAAGUAACUAUUUAAAAGUUGUCAAACAAGAGAUCGCCGAACAAAGAGAGGCCAUGGAUAAAAUGAUGAAGCUAUGGAAAGAGUUGAUGAGAUGUUUUAAAGGUAUCUCGCUAAACCAGGGUCAAGAGAAAUCCGUUCAGGAUUCGGCAGCACACAUGCAAGAGUCGGCAGCGGCGCAGCUUCGUCUUUGGCGCGAAUGCAUGAGACGAUACGAAACAGUCGCAAGAGACGUUGGUGACACCGACGCGAGGCUUAUGGAGGAGAUCAAUAAGCAACGUUCCGAGAUGGCGGAGAUGGCCAAUAUGUGGCAGGAGUGCCUACAGCGCUACAGGGACAUGAGCUGCGAUUUUAACAAUCUGAAACAAAAGCUAGCUACGUCGGAGAGCCCCACUCGUUUGCCCGCCGCGUCUGUGGUCUGCCCAGAGGGAGAGGGCGCCAUGCCCUCCUCGCCCUAUCGUCUGCCUCCCAAUUACCCGCCGCCGCCGAUGCCACCGUUGGGAGGGUACGGCAACAUGGGGCCUGGAGGUGGUGGACUUCUGCGGCCUCGAUCCUCGAUGCCGCCGGCGUGGUGGUGGUGUGGGGAUCCGCAGCUGCCACCGCCGCAGCGUCGACGCUCCUCGCCCGAGUCGCGGGAGUCACCUAGGGCCUCGCGGUCACGCGAACGUCGGCAUAGACGUAAAGACCGAGAUGAGCCGAGGUAUAAAGAAAAGACGUCGUCGAAGGCGAAUGCCGCGCGCUCUGAUCAUAAACACAGGAAAAGGUGAAAACGCCUACACGUGCUAAAAAAUCUUAUUCAUGUUUGUUACAAAUUACUUUGCUCGAACCUUUUGAUUACAUGACUGAAGCAAAUCGAAAUUUUAGUAAGCCUUUGUUCAUAAAAUUAAUGAGUUCCUUAAAAUUCCUAAAAUGUUAUACAUUUAGAAGCAAGGUAAAACAAUGUGCCAAAUCAUCUAGUCACAACAGACUUAUUUGAUAGUGUUUUGUAUCCUUUGGAAAGUUUUACUUGUUU